UUCCGGACUCGUGGCUACGUGAGUGCGGAGCUGAGCAUCACGUCUCUCGCACGCGGCUCCUCUCCCAGUUCGCAGCACUGCAGCUGCUACUACGCGUAAUUAGGUCAAAUACGAAAACUUGAAAUUGUGACUGAUUGUCUUUCCCCUUUCUUUUUUUUUUCUUGUUAAUUUCUCUCGUCGAACAGUGGGGAAUGGUCCGCGCUUUCUCUUCGUUUCGUGUCCACUUCAGCAUGGGAACUGCGGCGUCCAAAAGGAAGAGUCUGAGGAGUGAUGCGAUAUCAUCCGUGGCCGCAAAAGUUCGGGCUGCCAGAGCAUUUGGAGAAUAUUUGUCCAAUACAAAUGCAGAGAAUCGCAACAGAGCAGAUCAUCUGUUGUCUGACACCUUCCUUGGCCAUACCUGUGACUCUCCAGACGCCAGUCACUUGUACAACAACAAUCUGCCACCACAGAGCAACUCUUUACCCAUAGUAAAAUCAAGCAAGGCUGGACAAUCUAAUCGUAGUGCCCAGAUACAAGCCCAACCUCAGGCUAACCCACUCAAAGCUCAGGCACCUUCUAAACGUAGACUCUCUGCUGAGCGAAGCCUCUCCACAGAGAACCCACCAAGUGCCAGAGAAGCACAGGGUAGUGUGACAGUGAAGCCAGCUAGGGUGUACACAAUCACAAAAGAGGUGAGGAUGACUCUGGGCCAAGGCAGUGAGGAAAGCCUGGAAUUGGAGGUGCUGAAGUGUGGCAAGGAUGACCCACUUUCCCAAGCGCAAUACGACAACUCAUCUUACCCUGACCAGCGAUCAUCUGCAUCAACCCGGGGUAGCCACAACCGUAGUAGUCAUCACCGCAGUUACCAUGGCCACCAGAAUCGUGGGGGGCCUUUGUCUUCAUCUCAGUCACUGCAGAGCUCUAACAGUGCUAGUAAUAUACGAGAUUGGGGCAUGAGGAAAAGAGGUUCAAGAGAUGACAGCACUCCAGACUGUGUGGCCUGCAUUCGUGCCCCGUGUCAAAGCCAGCGCUCCUUGGACCUGGAUACCUCACCACGGAAUGGGAGGAAACACCAUAAGAAACUGGAGAGGAUGUACAGUGAUGAAAGAACAUCUACUGAUGACAGGGAAGACAGUUCUGAUAGCUGGUUCCCCAAAGAGAAUAUGUUGAGUUUUCAGACAGCAACUACCACCAUGCAAGCGGCUUUCCGGGGCAUUGCCGAGAAAAAGAGACGGAAAAGAGAGCAGGAUGCAGCCACCGUGAUCGAGAGAAAUUUCCGCAAACAGCUUAGGAUGGUGGGAAGCCGAAGGGUGAAGGUCCAGACGUAUGCCGAUCGCAGAGCCAAGAGUUUCAGCCGCUCGUGGAGUGACCCCACCCCUGUCAAGCCUGAUUCACUGCAUGACUCCAGAGACAGUGGCGAUAUCCAGACCUCGUCAGGGACCCUCAAUGAAGGGUUGGAUGAGGAUGCUGAUUGGGGGGAUGAAAGAGAGAUGGAAAGAGUAGCCUGUGAAGGAGAUGAUUUCAUCCCUCCUAAAAUCAUUCUUAUAUCCUCCAAGGUCCCAAAGGCUGAAUAUGUUCCGAACAUCAUUCGUAGGGAUGACCCUUCCAUCAUUCCAAUUCUUUAUGACCACGAGCACGCUACAUUUGACGACAUCCUUGAGGAAAUCAAGAAGAAGCUGACUGCCUACAGAAAAGGCUGCAAAAUUUGGAAUAUGCUCAUUUUCUGCCAAGGAGGGCCGGGCCACCUGUAUCUACUGAAGAAUAAAGUGGCCACCUUCGCCAAAGUGGAAAAGGAGGACGAUAUGAUCCAUUUCUGGCGGCAGCUGGGCAGGCUGAUGAGUAAGCUGAACCCUGAACCCAAUGUCAUCCACAUCAUGGGCUGCUAUGUGUUAGGGAGUGCAAAUGGAGAAAAGCUGAUUAAGACUUUGAAGAGGCUGAUGAGACCCUCCUCUGUUGAAUUCAAGUCCCCGCUAGAACUGUCUGCACAGGGUAAAGAGAUGAUUGAGAUGUACUUUAACUUCCGCUUGUUUCGUCUGUGGAAAAGCCGCCAGCACUCGAAAAUGCUGGACUACGACGACCUGCUGUGAUGAUGAAGCUCUAUUUUCUGGCUCGUUGGCCAGUUGUUUCGCACCUGAGCCUCUGUGCUGUGACGGAGGCUGUGGAAUGGCCCCCGGAGUAGCUCGGAGGUAGAGUUACAGCAGCAGUACCAGCUUGCCUGGGAUUUAUUGCUCUCUCCUGAAGGGGACAGAGUGGCCGAGUAGAUUCAGCUGUCGUGGUGUACCGUCGCUCUUCUGUCCACUUUCCGUUCCUGCUAAUCACUCAGAGAAACAAGAAUGAGAAAGGCAAGAAAAUAGGGUCAAAGGAAAUGACUUUUCCCUCCUUGGCCCAACUGUGUCGGAACAUGCUCACUCCGGUUAGAUUUUCGAGUGUGCGGAGAAUGCUUGAUUAAAGAGUGGCUGAAGAAAAAACAAAUUCCUUCUUCCUGAAGGUGAUUUUAUUUUCUCACCCUUGCAUACUUUUCUCCAUUUUAUGGUAGAAGCCCAUUGAAUUUCUUCAAAUGAGCAAGUCCUCAGUGGCGCAUUAGGAGAAUAGAAUUCCAGCAAUUCUCUAUCUGCUGGCGUUUUAAAUGAGCUAAUAUUUAGUCUUAUUAAUAAAUUAACUUUUUUUCAUCACUUGAUCAUCAAUGUAUUACAAUUGUGUAUUAUCUCAGGAUAAAGCUAGUGUUUAAUACUUUUGAAUUAGAUUCACGGUUCAUAUUGCAACAUUCGUGUAGGUGAUGGUCUUCUUACAGCACACACAUCAAACAUGAUAAUACAACUGUCAGGCUCGCUAAUCCAGGCGUCCUCUUCAUUUUUAGAUGAACCUUGCCAAACAGACAGGCAUCGCCCUCGAUCUUGUGUAGCACUACAAUAUUACAUUGUUCACCCGCUGCAACAGCACAAAUGAUUCUUUCUGGAGCUGUUCGGCGGCUGAUUAGGUGUGUUCAAUUACGGUAUGUUUAUAUUGCAUGCAUGUAUCUACACAGUUCAUAAGCAAGUCUAUAUUAUAAGAAAGUCAGAUGACAUCUUUUAACUUUAGGAUAGCAUAUGUGCUUUUCAGUAUUUUGAGAAGCCUAAAAGCGAUGAGAAUCUUCCUUGCUUACAUGUUUGUGAUAAAUGGCAACUGUAACAAAUCUGCACUCAAGUUCAAUUACCUCAGUGUUUUGUGUUGCCAUUAUUGAAGUACCAGCUUCGAAGACAAUAGGUGACUUUUAAAAGUUGCAUUGCAACUAAAUGUAUUGUCUUGUGUCCUUCAUAUUACAUCGUUGACAUAGCAGAGAGUUGAAGGCCGAUUCAGCCAACGUGAGACAUAAGGUCCAUGUUACACUUGUAGCCGAAUAUGGUUGAACUUGUUUUGUAACCGUAUACUGUACUGUACAGAGUCGAGUGAAUCUGUUUUAUCCGGCAAUGCCUUGUGCACAGCUGAAAUAGUCUGUGUUAAAUGACCAAACACUACUUCAGAAAAAUAUUGUGAGGUCAAACAUAACAGAGUCAUUUAUUUGGAACAUCCAGUAAGAAAAACUACUUUGAUGUGUAGCAUAACUGCUGGUGUUAUCAGGCAGUUGGUGCUGUGUCAACUACAUGACUCUUACAGUACAUUGCUUCAUCUCUCCUUGCUGAGAUGUUCUGAAAAUAGAUUAUUACCCUGUCCCCAUUCACCUUCUUUAUGAUGUGAUUGCAUUUUGUGUGCGUGCGCACGUGUGUGGUGGGGGGCAUAUUUGGUUAUUUGAUGCUGGGGAGGAGUAUGUACGAGUCCCUUUAAUGUGGAUACAUGACACUAGCUGUGCAAAAACAGCACUUUUAUGAUACUCAAAAGCAUUGACAUAGCCCACAUGCAACUAUUUCUUCACAGAGUAAGUUGUGUAUUACAAAUGUUGCAUAUAAAUGUACCAAUGAACAUAUGUGAAGCAUUUUUGUACCACACUGGUUUGUAUUUUUU